AUGGUGAUUACAUGCGCUGCCUCGGCAAAGCUGGCUUUGCCUGCCCUUAUGCGCAAUGUAUUUCGCUCCCAGUACGCCAGUGACCUGGCCUCUUCGACCCCCUACCAGUGUUUCGCCUCUCGUCCUUCCUUUUCCUCCCAGAUUCGACGACCCUUCAGCUCGAUCCCGUACUUGCGCGAUUCUCAAAAUGAGCAGUCAGGGCAGGCAACCCCUGAGUCUCCGAUUACUGAGGCCGCCACACCUUCUGACAAGCCAAGAAAGCAAUCUUCCGGUCCUCCCCGCAACAAGAAUGGAUGGAAACCGAUGAAGGGCCAGCAAAGAAAACCAGAGAAUGUCCAUAAGAGAUCCGACAGAGAGCGCAAGGCAUUUCGAACAGAGGCUCGGAAAGAAGCCCAUACGGAAAGCCGAAAGGACCCCCGGAAGGACUCGCACGGGAACAAAGACGCAAAGCCGAAACCGAAUGGAAAGAAGAAGAAGCCCGAGCCAUGGCAAGUCCAAAAAGCCGCCCUGGAAAAGAAGUUUCCCCAGGGUUGGAAUCCACCCAAGAAGCUUUCUCCUGAUGCGCUCGAUGGAAUCCGUCAUCUACAUGCGAAAGCCCCUGAGCAGUUCACAACGCCUGUUCUCGCACAGGAAUUCGAGGUGUCCCCGGAAGCUAUCCGUCGGAUUCUAAAGAGCAGAUGGCAGCCAUCGGAGGACGAGCAGGAGAGUCGGCGCCAGCGAUGGGAGAAGCGACAUGACCGAAUCUGGAGUCGUAUGGCUGAGCUUGGUCUCCGACCCGAAACCAAGCGUACGAAACCCAUUUCGGAUGCCAGAGUGUUGUAUGAUGACAAGGGUCGACGAAAGUAG